AUGAAUCUAUCAAUCGAAAGAAGCCCGAUGAUCAAGUUCCGACUCCACAUCAUUAUCGGCGCCUCGGUCUUCAUCAUCUUCAUUCUCCUCAUUGCACGCAUUGCCAACAGUGGCACUCCGAAGACGAGAACUAAUGUGUGGGGUAUUGCCGUGAUCGCUUCAAACGAUGGGCAAGCACAAAAGCAUACAUGA